AGUGUUUCAUUGUGUAUUUUUACCUUAAUAAACUCUCCAGAGAAGUUUGCUUCUGGGGGGAAUCUAGCUCUUUGCAGCCAGUUGGCGUCCUGCAUAGGAAAAUGGUUAGCACGUGUUUUUUGAGCAACAGACUCUUCAAAAACAAAGGCCACUGACUAGAUGAACGAAGACUUCCCCAGCCCCAGGAGCCCCAGCUGAGCUCUUGCAGAGGCUUCUGAUCCAGCCGAGCCAAGAGCUUUGUGUGGGUAGAGGACGUGAGUCAACAAAUGGUCUCUGUGAGUCACCAGGAGCUGCUACACUCCUUGACCAGCUCGUCCCCUCUAGAGAGCUUUGCCAGCGCUCUGCAACACAGCAUGCCUCCGUCCCUCCUGCCGGGGCACGGCAGCGCGGCCGGCCGCCUCCUCGCCGGCAGCACCAGCCACUCGGACGGCGCCCCGCUCCCCCUGGCCGGCGCGAAGGGGGAAGACCCAAAACCCCAAGUGACCCUCUGCGAGGCUCACCUCAGGCUGCCUGACUUCUGCAGCAGCCUCUCCCAGGACUUCAUUCCCACCCUGGAGGAGAUUGAGGAGUUCCUGAGGGAGAAGGCUGAGUUCCUCAAGGACGAAGCAAGCGAGCUUCACCCAGCUGGCGGGAAGGUCGACAUCGAAUCGGAGCUUGGCUUAGGUAGCUCUGGCGAGCAGCCUGUCUCCAGGGCGGUUCAAGAAGAAGAUGUCUCACAUGCUUCUCAGCUUGGAGGGACAGCUGCUGGUAGUGACCGGGCAGUAGCUGCCGGGAGCAUUCCUGUCGUCCUCCACAUCCAGCCUCUGCAGAUGGACGGUGGCAGCCAGCUAGCACAGGGUGCUGCAGGUGGUGUCAGGAUGGCCCAGCUGGUUAUCAGCUUGCAGGGCCAAAACCUGUCCCUCCUCCCUCAGGUCCGGCCCCCCGUGACCGUCAUGGACCAGAAAUAUGUCAAAAUUGCCCCCCUGCCCGUCGCCAUGAGGCCAGGGGCGCCGGGGGAUGUGCGAGAGGUGGAGGCAACCCCUGAGUAUCUGAAAGCCCCCCCUUCCCUCGUCCGUGUCCACAAGUGCUCGCACCCGGGCUGCGGCAAGAUGUACACCAAGAGUUCCCACCUCAAGGCUCACUUUCGUCGGCACACCGGCGAGAAACCCUACACUUGUGCUUGGCCCAACUGUGGCUGGCGGUUCUCCCGCUCGGAUGAGCUCUCCCGCCACAAGCGCUCCCACUCCGGCGUCAAGCCGUACCAGUGUGCCGCCUGCGAGAAGAAGUUUGCCCGCAGUGACCAUUUAGCCAAACACAUGAAGAUCCACCGGGGCCAGCCGUGCAGCCAGCGGACGCUUCAGGGCAGCGGCAGAAGUUAAGUCUUGCUGCUCAUCCUCGCGAGGCUGAGACCAGGGGGCCCUGAAGCCAGGCAAAUAAUGCAAACCCCACUACACUAAUGAAGAGGAGGAAAUGACUCUAACCAAUUAUAGCAGAUCCAGUGUUACACCUCUGUUCAAAGAUGAUCUUUAUUCACGUCCUGUUUCUGGUACUACUGUCCCUCUCUUAAAUACAGGUGAUGGAAACCUAAGUUAA